CAGAGGAUCCCCAGGGGAAUCAUCCACAACCGCGAGAUGCAUACACACAUUGGAAUGUGCCCUACAAUCUCAUCACAAUGUUCCAGGGCACUGAUGCAGAUCAUACGUGGCAUUGGUUGGAGGCUAAUGAGAUUCUUACUAUUUGCAAUGUCAACGCGAGUCAUUGGUGCACUGUGGUCAUUUCUAUCGAACGAUGGGAGGUUCGAGUGUAUGAUUCUCUGUCACAUGUUGAAGGGAUCACACAACGUCGACAAGCUUCAAUGAGGUGCAUAACUCGUUUGAUGCCUAGAUUGUUGCACACUGUGGGGUAUUGGGAUAACAAUCCCAACAGGUUUGUCCAUGCUGCUGAUGCAGAGAUGGCGUAUGUGAUGAUGCCCCACAACCAGCAAUUUGUGCAACAGGACAUCAUUAGUUGUGGUGUGUAUGCAUGUGCUUACUUAGAUCGUCUGGUAUGUGGAAAACCGAAACGGGAACGGAUGAGAACCAAUAGGGAUGUAGAAAAAUAUCGCUACAUGGUAGCUGUUAGGAUAUGGGAAUUGUGUACCCCAAUUCCCGCUGCUUUGAUUUGAU